AAAGUCUUCAGUGGAAAAGUCAAACAAAAGGAUAGCCUGACAAAUGAUGACGUGGAGGAUCCACUGUGCGCGGUUCUAUCUAUCUUGGCAGCAGUACCAGUAGAGAAAACUGCCAAUUGCAUAAGAUUUUUGGAGCAGAAAAAAAACACCCCAAAGCCAUCAAAAUCUGGUGGGUUUGAUUUUUGUAGGAAGAUUUCAACUUUGAUGAAAGAUCAUGUGCAUAGCGGUGUUUAUGUGGGAAACCCACCCACUUUACCCUUUCCUUUUAUUUCUGAACAGAGACGAGUAUCACAGCCGGCCGACAAAGCCAUUAGGAUGGUGGGAGGGUGGAGAGAUUCUAGGAGGCAGAGAUGUGCAGGCUGGUGGGACAUGGUUGGCUUCUUCGAGGGAUGGAAGGUUGACUUUUAUCACCAAUUUUAGGGAACUCCAUUCUAGACCUCAUACUAAGACUAGAGGACACCUCUCUGUUCGUUUCUUGCAGAGCAAGAAGAAGCCCAUUGAAUUUGCCAAAGAAGUGGUGAAGGAGGCAGAUCAGUAUAAUGGGUUCAAUCUGAUAUUGGUUGAUCUCUGCUCAAAAUCCAUGGUUUAUCUGGCAAACAGACCGAAGGAAAAUGGCAACUUUGUCACAGAGGUUUCAUCUGGGAUUCAUGUGCUAUCACACGCAAACCUAGAUUCACUGUGGCUUAAGUGGGGCAAAAGAAUUAUGGAGAACUAACACAUGGCGAUACGUGUCAAACGAGGUUCAUGAAGAGUUCAUGAAGCUGUGCCGCUGCAAACACGUGUGCUAGAAUCCUCAUUGGUCCAGGAUUAAGAUUUUGGUUGAAUUUUGCUUGUAAAAAGUGCUGGCUUUGCUGGGAUUUCACCAUUUGUGAUAUGUGACAAUCUCAACAAUAUAACUGCAAACACCAAAGAAUUUCACUGAAAUUUUUCUCUAAACAACAGUAAAGCCCAUGGGAUUGGAACAGGGUGGGGGCAGGGAUUAAUACAGAUGAUGAUAUAUAAUAUAUAACACAAUUUUAAUUCAAUUGGAAUUAAUUGUAUUGAGAAUAAUUAAACGUUUCAAGUUGUAUAUUUUCAAUUUUUUUCCAGCCAUGUGCCAAAUAACGAUGCUUAAUGUUUUAAACAUUUCAAGUUCUGAAUCAAGUUCGACUAACUUCUCAAGAUCAAUUUGGUACGUGAUGAAUUUGUUUAGCUUCAUAUCAAUUUUUCAGUGCCUUGUCGUCAUACAAGUAA